AUGGUUUUGACUCUUGCGCAGCUUAUCUUUCCACGGCGCCACCCGCGGGGAACUCUCUCCAGGGUCACCCCACUGCAGGAUGACGUGACCACGCUUUCACCUUCGCCUCUCAAGGCGGACUCCUUUACGGAUCGUCUUCCCUUCUGGCGACGUCUGUUGUGUGCGCCGGAGCUGCCCGACAUGAGUCUGCAGGCCUCCUCCGCCUCCCUGCAGCGGGGCGCAGCACACGUCUCAAGCAGCCGUGCCCCCUCCAUAGUUACUUCAGGGCCAGAGUCGAAGGUUACGUCAGCUGCCAUCGCCAAUAGAGGGAAGGACGGGUCUCUGAGAGCCACGAAGAGUGUCUUUGCGGGGCCACUGCAACGCGCUGCGCAUGCGGAUAACGAUGGGUGCGUGCGGUCAGAUUCAUUUUUCUCCGCCGGCGCUGCAUCUGUGCCAUCCUCGCGUUGGAUGGUGAGUGACACACGCCGCAUGCACACAAAGGCGGAAGCCUCGCCGAACAGCUGCUCGUCCCCGACCUCGCCGUUGCCACGCUUCGGCUCAAGUUCAACUCGGUUGCAGCUGAAGCAUGCACGCAGCGAGCAGAUGAAGAUGGAGGCGCGACAACGAAAAGAGCUUCAGCGGGAUGAGGUAGCGUUGUGGACGGAAGAGAAGCAGCGCCGACUUGGUGCCCUCGUGCAGGACGAAACAUGCGACGCCCCGUCGUCACCGUCACAGUCUGUUACGCUUAGUGGGGAAGUAUUGGCGCAGCACAAGGCGGAGACCGACGAGAACGCUGAUGUGUACGGCUUAGUGAACUCGUGUGUGGUAUCUAUGGAGGAAACGGACGAUGAGAGUAGCUACAUCGAGGGCGAUGACGCGAUUGACCUUCAAGACCUGAAUCGCCUCUAUGACUAUUACAAACGUCGGGAUAGAACGGUGGCAGCCUCGGAGCAGGAAGGGGCAGUGACGGAUGCUGCUGUCGUUGCGGUUCCAGGGACAGACAAGCCUAAGCGGGCACGGUGCUACGAGCUUAGUUCACGCAAAUACAUUGAGCGUGUGGUUCUGGCACAGCGGUCACAGCAGACGAUUGCGCUCUUGUGGCUUCUUGCAGAAUCCAUGCGGCACGCCUGGAAACUUCAGUACCGUCUUGCCCAGCUUUACGUGAACUAUGUGCCCUUUUACCUACAGGCUGGUGGAGGGGUUGUUGGUAACGGCGAGGAAAGUCAUCUGUGGGACAUCACUGAGAGUAAGUACUACACCUACUUCUGUUCGGGCACCUUUGAUUACGAGUACUACAUGUAUCAGUUUAGCCAGAAGUGGGAGACCCUCUUUGGGGAUGUCCAGCACUACCUUUGCGAUGACGCCACUGGACACGCCGGGAGCGUUGGCGUUGCGGCCACGCUGCUGUACUCUAUGGAUCUCUUUGAGCGGCAGCAUGAGCUGCAGGUGGCGGUGCGGGAGGUGGAGCAGUGGCUACAGGCACGCUGGAAGCGCAUAAGUGAGGCCGCCGCGCUCGUGUCAUCCUCUACUCCCAUCACUACCGAGAUGGGGGCAACACAUAGCAGAAGUAGUAGUAGCAUCGGUGAGGGAACUUCCACAACCGUGACGCGGGGCGACGCCGCCCACGCGGGUGACGGCGACGAGUGCGGUUCGAAGGAAGAAGGCAGUCCACAACUUGUCCUUGCCAACCCCGUGGGCAUCGCACUUCAGGCCGUCAACCAGAAUGAGCAGGAGAUGACGUACAUUCCCAUCGACUGGUGGAGCGCGCAGGACGCGGAUAUUCGCGCCCAUGUUAGUUGGAAUCGAAGGAAGCAGAAGUUUCGCCAAAUUUCUCUUGGAAUGGCGGCGCUGCGUAAAACGAACCCCCUUGAGUUUCCCGACAGCAUCGUCAACAACACGCAGGACCCUGCGCCGCAGCUGCAGACGUGGCUGCCGGGGAUGCUUGAGCCCAUCGUGGUGGACGACAUCGAGGAGGAGGCGCAUUCCCACCACGUCGUCAACGUCGGCUGCUUUGGCUUCUCAUUCUUCUCGCGAUGGGAUUAA